GCACGCGGCGCCGCCGCCUCCCCCAUGUGAUUCCCGGGGAGAGCCUCGUGCCCCAGUGACACACUUUCCGCCGGCGGCCCCGGCCCCGCGCCGCCGCUGGGGACACCGGGCAAAACCGGGACCCCCGUCCCCGGGGCCGCCCCCGAGCCCGCGGGGAUCGCGGGCGGCACCACGACCAGCACCGGGACCAGGCACUGCAGCGGGACCGACCCUUGGCACCAGGAAGACCCGAGCAAUGCAGUGCUAUCCCUGUCACCCUGCACAGGACCCAUGCGUGGCACUGUCCCCUGCGCUGGGGGCACGCAGCAGCUCCAUGGCUGAGAAGCUGAGAGCAGCUCUGGCUCAUCCCCGCGGCUCUUGGCUGGCGCCCACAGCUCCGCGCUGCCAGGACUCGCCUUUCCCCUCCCUGCGGAAAGGGAAAAAAAAAAAUCAGCGGAUCCCCGGACCACUGAGCCACCGGAGGAGGGACGGGAGGGCAGGGUCAGCCCGGGGGCUCCUUCAUCCUCAUGCUUCCCCCUGCACCACGCACGACACGGAACCCUCUUCCCCUUUCCCACGCCUCCAUCCCUCCGUAUUUUGCUUUCCCGACACGCAGCUCGGUGGGGAUAUGGGGCAGCCCCCACUGCCACCUCCGGGGAUGGGGGGGCGCACACAGCAACCGCGGGCUGGGCGAGGGGGGGGGGGGGGUGCCGGCUCCUGUGCCAGACCAUGUGAGCGGGUGCUCCCCACCUCCUCUUCCUCUUCACCUCCUCCUCCUCCUCCUCCUCCCUGGGUGCAGGGAGCCCCAGCUCCAUCGCAGGGAGCUGGUUGCGGCGUCACGUGGCGGCAGCAUGUGAGCGCUGCUCCAUUUUUAGCCCCAGCAGCUCCCGGCGCGGCCCCGCUGCAGAGCCAUGUGCGGGCGGGCGGCGGGCAGCACGUGGGCCUGCCGCAACGGGGACCGGGGACCCCCACGCGCCCCGACACGCGUGGGCGAGCCUGCCCGGGCCUGAGAGCGAGUACGGCCAAGCGAGUGCACGACUGUGGCCAAACGUCUACUCGAGCAUGGAUGGCUAUGCAUGUAGUGUAGCAUGGUUGUGCCUCUGCUUGAGCAGAAUCUCCGUGGCCAUCACUGGAGCUGUGCGCGAAUACAGACACACGGCCGUGCGUGGAUGUAAGUGUGGCAAAACCUGCAGCCAAGCGUAGGUUUGUGUGUCCAUGAGAAUGG